AUGUCGGUUCCUACAUCCAGCUCAGCCCAGUCUCAUGCCGCGCUAGAUCAGCUUUCUACCUCUGUUGACAGCACCACACACUCUUCGACGACACCCGCUCCGCCCUCAGCGCCGUCGGCCGUCAUCGCAGAUCCAGAAGAUGAAAGCCACAGCGAGUCUUCCAGGAGCGCCGCUCCCUCCAGCGAGAAAGUUGGUCCCGUCUCCACAGCUGGCGACGAAAAGCCGGGCUACGAGUACAACCCUGGCAACCGCACAUUCGUCGGUGGCAAACACAAGGAAAAGUGGUACCAGGUCUGGCGUCCCAAGAACCCGCCACCUGCUCCACCAUCCAGCCUUGACGACGCCACCCUCACUCCCCUCGCCAACGCCAACCUCAUCAACCGCAUCUUUUUCCAGUGGAUGACCCCCAUCAUGGUGCUUGGAUACCAGCGUCCCCUCGAGGCUACCGACCUCUGGGCACUCUCCGAGGACCUCAGCGCUAAGCGGCUCGGUGGCCAGCUCAACAAAGACUGGGAACGCCGCGUCCGCCAAGCCAAAGAGUACAACGCCAAGCUCGAGUCGGGUGAGAUCCAGCCCGGAUGGAGGAGACGCACCUCGUGGGCGCUCCGAUCCACCCUCAACCCCAAGGGCGGCAACCUCCAACAACGCGAAGCCAAGUGGAGAGCCCCGCCACGACCAGCCCCUUCCGCCGCCGCUGCACCUGCUGGGCCUCCCAAGCCUGGCCAGCCGAAGCCCAAGAUCGUCAAAGAUCCAUCAGGCCACAAGAAGCCAUCACUGGUCUGGGCCAUGCAUGAUCAACUCGGAUGGAAGCUGUGGUCUGGUCUCGUUUUCAAAAUCGUCGGUGAUGCCUCGCUCAUUACGUCGCCUCUCGUACUCAAGGUUAUCAUCAAGUAUGCCCAAGAGCUCUACACGGCUCCUGCUCGUGGCGUUCCUGGUCCUCCUGUCGGCCACGGUGUUGGCCUGUCGUUCGCCCUCUUCUUCAUGCAGAUCAUCUCCUCUCUCGGCACCCAUCAGUUUUUCUGGCGCUCCAUGUCGUGCGGUGUCGAGUCGCGUGCCGCGCUCAUCACUGCCAUCUUUGAACGCGCCAUGAGGAUGAACGGCAAGGCAAGAUCCAGCGGCAAGCUCAUCAACCACAUCUCCACCGACUGCAGUCGUAUCGACUUUGCCUCGGCGUGGUUCUCCGUCAUUUUUGCCGCUCCCGUUCAGAUGAUCAUCUGUAUCAUUAUCCUGCUCACCCAACUAGGUCCAGCCGCUCUCGCCGGUUUCGCCAUCAUGGUGCUCGCCGUCCCCUUGCAGUUGCAGGCCAUGAAGGCGCUCUUCACGAUCCGACGCGCUUCGAUGAAGUGGACCGAUGCACGCGCCAAGACCAUCCAAGAGGUGCUCGGUGGCAUGCGCAUCGUCAAGUCCUUUUCGCACGAAGCCAAGUUCCUCGAGCGCAUCUACGACAUUCGCAAGAACGAGCUCAACGGCAUCCGCAAGAUUCUCAUCAUUCGAUCCGCCAACAACGCCAUCGCCUUCAGUUUGCCCAUCCUCGCGGCUGUGCUCGCCUUUGUCGUCUACAGCCUCAUUGGUCACGAUCUCGACCCUGCCGUCGUCUUCCCGUCCCUCACGCUCUUCCAGCUGCUCAGGAUGCCGCUCAUGUUCUUGCCCCUCUCGCUGUCCGCCACCACGGACGCCAGGAACGCGUUCGAUCGUCUCUACACCGUCUUCACGGCCGAGCAGCUCGAGGACACGGUCGAGCACGACCAGGAUAGCAAGUACGCCCUUGUCGUCCGUAACGCCUCCUUCCGAUGGGAGACCGUCGAGGCGGACGAGGCCCUCCAGUCUAAGUCCAAGCCUAAAGCAGGUGCCAAGGGCGCUGACGGAGCUAAGAGCGUCUCGGCAUCUGGUCCUGGCAUGUUCGGCAAAGCAAAGAAGCUGAUGAAAAAGUCGGCUGCCCCUCCCGCCGCCAACGAGCCCAGUCUUCCCGCUCCCGUUUCGGCCAAAAAGUCCAACACUGACAAUGCGCGGCGGCUGCAAGAGAUUCAAGCUGAGCAAGACGACUCUGUCGCCGAUGGCGACAACGAGGCGAUUAUCACCGAGGCUCAACUCGAACCCACACUGCGCGAAACCACCGAAGCCGAAAAACCCGUGGACGAGGUGCAGGAGCCCUUCUCCAUGUCUCACAUCGACCUUGAGAUCCAGCGCGGCGAGCUCGUCGCGAUCGUCGGCCCCGUCGGCUCCGGCAAAUCAUCUUUCCUCCAGGCUUGCAUCGGCGAGAUGCGUCAGACCGGUGGCUCUGUCCGAUGGGGCAGCGAGCGUGUCGCUUACUGUUCUCAGAGCGCUUGGAUUCAGAACGCCACUCUGCGUGACAAUGUCCUCUUUGGCCAGUCCUUUGACGAAGAGCGUUACUGGGAGGCCAUCAAGGUGUCGGAACUCGAGGCAGAUCUUGCUAUCCUGCCUGCUGGCGAUCUCACCGAGAUUGGCGAGAAGGGGGUCAACCUCAGUGGUGGCCAGAAGCAGCGAGUCAACAUUGCCCGUGCCCUCUACUACAACGCCGACAUUGUCUGCUUGGACGACCCGCUCUCGGCCGUCGAUGCGCACGUCGGAAAGGCCUUGUUCUACAACGCGAUCAUGGGUCUGCGCGCCAGAGGCGCCACCGUGCUGCUCGUCACCCACGCUCUCCACUUUCUUCCCGAUGUCGACCGGAUUAUCACUCUCGAAGAUGGCCGCAUCGUCGAGAUGGGCACGUACGACGAGCUCAACACGGCCAACGGCCCGUUCCAACGCCUCGUGGUCGAAUUUGGCGGUGAAAAGGAAAAAGACGAAGAGCAGAAGAAGGAAGACGAGGCUGAGGCCAUCGAAGAGACGGAGGAGGACAUCAUAAAGGCCAAGAAGGCGGAUCGUGCCAAUCUCUCUGGCGGCAAGUCAGGCGACAAGGCAGGAGCGCUCAUGCAGGCCGAGGAGCGAAACACGGGCUCUGUGUCGCUGCGCGUCUACCUCACCUAUCUCAAGUACGGCCGUGGCGCGUACAUGGUCCCCAUCUGCGUGACGAGCAUUGUGCUCAUGCAGGUGGCCAACAUCCUCAACUCGUACUGGCUGAUCUGGUGGCAGAAGAAUCACUUCCACCAGCCCAUCGGCUUCUACAUGGGGAUCUACGCGAUGCUGGGCAUCGUCAUGACCAUCUUCACCUUCAUCAUGGGCUGCGCCAUGGGUUUCCUCAGCUACUACGCGUGUAAGCGUGUCCACCACGAGGCGAUUCAGCGUGUCGUGUAUGCGCCCAUGGCCUGGCUCGACGUGACACCGAUCGGCCGGAUCAUGAACCGCUUCUCCAAGGAUGUUGACGUGGUCGACAACCAGCUGGCAGAUGCGGUCCGAAUGGCGGCCAACACGCUGGCGUCGGUCGCUGGUGCUGUUAUCCUGAUCACGAUCCUCACGCACUACUUUGUGAUUGCCGUUGCCGUAGUUCUCGUCUUCUACUUUUUCGGUGCAAUCUUCUACCGAUCCUCGGCGCGAGAAGUCAAGCGACUCGACGCGAUCUUGCGAUCCAGUCUCUACUCGCACUUUUCCGAGACGCUUUCAGGUCUGGCCACUAUCCGAGCCUACCGCGAGACCGACACGUUCAUCAAGGAGAACCAGAAGCGAAUGGACGUCGAGAACCGUGCCUACUACCUCAGCAUCACCAACCAGCGAUGGCUCGGCGUUCGUCUCGACAUGCUCGGUGCGCUUCUCGUGCUCAUCGUCGCGCUGCUGACCACUGCCAGCUCGACACCCAUCACCGGCGGCAACGCGGGAAUUGCGCUCACCUACAUGCUGACCGUUUCUCAGGCCUUCUCGUGGAUGACGCGCCAGAUCGCCGAAGUCGAGAACGACUCGGCGUCGGUCGAGCGUCUGCUGUACUACGCCGAAGAGCUGGAGCAGGAGAAAGCACAGGCGCGACCGGACAACCCGACGCGCGAGUCAUGGCCCGAGGAGGGCCGCAUCUCUUUCAAGGAUAUCUGGCUCAGCUACCGACCGGGUCUGCCGUCGGUGCUCAAGGGGAUCUCGUUCGAGGUGGGCAGCGGCGAGAAGGUCGGCAUUGUCGGUCGAACGGGUGCAGGCAAGAGUUCGCUCCUGACGGCACUGCUGCGAUUGGUGGAGCUGAGCAAGGGCUCGAUCGAGAUCGACGGUAUCGACGUGGGCAACAUUGGGUUGGAGGACCUGAGGCGCAAGCUGGCCAUCUUGCCUCAAGAGCCCUUGCUGUUCAGUGGAACGCUUCGAACCAAUUUGGAUCCCUUCGGCAUCUACGACGAUGCACGACUCAACGACGCGCUCAAGCGAGCGUACCUGAUUGGCGACGACACACACACGCACGGCGCGGCGACGCCUGUGAUGCCCGCCAUCGAAGCAGGCAGCGAGACGGUCUCUGUCUCGGACGCCGAGAAGAAGGCUCUUGCGGUUUCAGGCGAUUCGACGCCCGGCCGAUCCGUGUCGCGCAUCAACCUCGACACGGUGAUCGAAGAAGAAGGCGGCAACCUGUCGGUGGGUCAACGAUCGCUCGUCUCGCUGGCUAGGGCGUUGGUGAAGAACUCCAAGAUCAUCUUGUUGGAUGAAGCGACCGCCUCGGUCGACCUGGAGACUGACGCCAAGAUCCAGCAGACGAUUCGAGAGGAGUUUGCCAACCGCACCAUCCUGUGCAUUGCGCACCGUCUGAGGACGAUCUUGUCGUACGAUCGCAUCGCUGUGUUCGACAAGGGUGAGCUCGCCGAGUACGCUAGCCCGUUGGAGCUGUUUGAUCGACCGGACGGCAUCUUCCACAGCAUGUGCGAGAGAAGCAACAUCACUCGCGACGAGAUCGUGCGCAACGCUACCAAGCCGUCCUCUGCCGCUGCUUUCGAAUGA